UGUCUGAGCCUUCGCCAAGAAAUUCCUCGCCAUGAAUCUCCCUCUCAACAUCUUGAUAAACAACGCUGGUGUGAUGUACUGCCCAUUCAAGCUCUCAGAGGAUGGAGUAGAGAUGCAGUUUGCGACGAAUCAUCUCGGUCACUUCCUGCUGACAAAUCUUCUACUUGAGAAACUAAAAACCACUGCGAAAAAGACAGGAAUUGAGAGCUGCAUCGUGAAUCUAUCCUCAGUCGCUCACGUUGGGCCUUACAAUGAAGGAAUCAAGUUUGACAAACUCAAUGACAAGAAAGCAUAUAACGAUAUGAUGGCCUAUGGGCAAUCCAAUUUGGCUAAUAUCUUGCACUCCAACGAGCUCGCACGAUGCUGGAAGGAAGAAGGGAAGCUAUGGGAGAAAUAUCAUAAUUCUAUCCAUACUUUUUCCUUAUUUUUUUCACCUCUUUACUAUCUUUUAGAUAUGUUCUUUGAGGAUCUGAUUAUUUGGAUGGAAGAUAGAACGAAAACGAUCUUUGUUCAUUUAUGUGCCACUUUUAGUCUGAUACCCUUAGAAUACAAGUUCAAUGUCUAUAUCUGUGAUCUUAAUUUUAGACUCAAUGAGACUUUCUUUUCCUUUCAUAUACAUCAAUCGGCUUCUAUACUCACACCUAGGGUAGAGUGUUAUUCUUGGUUUAGUUGGUACAUUCUCCUUUGAUAUUGAAAUAUUUUGUUAUACUAUUUUCAACUCAUACAAAAAAUUGAAUCAUGUUAUAUAACUAGAAAGAUUGGAAUCAUGAAGUGUAUGCCAAGAGUUUCCUUUCACUCACUGUCGACGGGGUCUGUGUGAAAAAAGAAGCUUGCAUCAACAAUAAAGUAGCAGAGUAUCAACAUUAAGCCUUUGAAGUAGUUUGCAGUG